AUGCCAAAAAACACCCUUUACGUGACAGGGUUCACCAAGGAAUCCAAGGCGGCUGAUUUAGCGCCUGAGUUCGAAAAAUACGGCGAGCUCGUCCGACUCGAUAUCCCUCCUCCAAGAACCGACGACGGUGAAAAAUACGCGUUUGUUGAAUAUAAAAACGAAGAAGAUUGCGAGAAGGCCUUGGAGCUUGAUGGAAAAUCAUUACCUUAUGCCAAACCAGGUGGAUUAGUGGUUCAAGUGGCCCGGUCCGACCCUUAUAAUCCUAGACGCGGUAGAGGUGGUCCUAGAGGUGGAUUUAGAGGUGGCCGUGGCUACCCAAGAGGUGGUGGCUACGGAAGAGGUGGAUACGGUGCUCCUCCUUAUAGUGCUCCUUACCCUCCACCAAGAGGCGUCCGAGGCGGUUAUGGGUAUGGCUACGGCUACGAGAGAGGUGGCUACGGCUACCCUGGUCCUCACCCGUAUCCUCCUCCACGUGGCGGCCGUGGCGAUCCAUAUUAUGGCGGAGGUUACGGCUACGGUAGAGAGCCUUAUGGCUACAGAGAUAGAGGAUACAACGACAGGGGCCCCCCUCCUGACGAAAGAGACCAGCCAUAUAGAGACCGUGCGGACAGAUACAUAGGAGAGCGUCGUGAUGAGAGUCGUGGUCGUGAUUUCGAGCGUAGAGACCACGGGGACGGAGAUUCAACGAGUCGCAGCCGAGAAAAUUCAAAGCAUCCUCCCCACGAGUCGAAUGGAACCGAUGAGUUCUCGCGUGGGCGCUAUUCUCGUUCUGCUUCUCCUCAAAGAGAAAGGGAAAGAUCCCGUUCCCGCUCACCAAGUCGUUAA